AUGUCUAGACAUCUUGUCCGUUCGUUUUUACUGGCUACGGCCCUGACUCCCAUGGUCAAUGCAGGACCGUGUCGGCCUCAAACAAUCUCUGCUUCGAGCCAGACAGAUACUCUUACUCAGGCUGUUUCUUCUUCCACUAUCGUCUUUUCUUCUUUGAAUCCGGGUGACACCUCUCAGUCUGCCACUGUCUCUGAAGAUGCUGUCACUGCAAUUGGAACCUCUACUAUUGACGCGACCUUGAGCGUGAGCGACAUUAGCUCGGUUUCCGCUGAAACCUCUGGAGAUGCUACCGUCUCCACUGAUCUCUCAUCGGACACUGCCCUCGUCACCAUCAGCGCGACAUACGCCGGCACUACGUCAACUGAGAUGCCCAUUGGCUCCGAGACAGACAUCACGACAAUGACUUCUGUUGACAUCACUACUACCGCGACAAGUUCCCUUGCUCCCACUACUGAGGCUUCCUCGACAGCUGCCGCGACAUCUACCGAAAUAGCCCCUGCCUGCACCCCUACAUUGAUCUAUCCCACGCCUGAAGAUGUCGUAUGUGGGAGACAAGGAAAUCCCCUCUCGACGACAAAUUUCAUGGGGGUCGCUGUAGAACAAGCUUCGGAGGACAUUUGGAGCUGUUACAAGGCAUGCAAGGAUACACCCGAGUGCGGAUCUGUAUUCUUCUACGAGAAUCUCUACUGUGAAUUGUGGAAGGGCAAGCCUGGCGAGACCAAUAAUCUUCCAUCCGAGUCGAGUUGGUGGGACAUGGAUUGCUUCACCUGCCUUGCAGGCGAGACAGAGCCCACCACCCCAACUCAGCCUGAACCCACCUGCAAGGACAAUCUCAUCAACCCUCUCCCUCAAUACCGCGUUUGCGGCGAAAUGGGCGAUGGUACUGGUCUAUAUGAAGGUGGUCCAGGUCCAGAUGGUUCUGCCCAGUCCCUCCAAGCUUGUGCAAAGGCUUGCAGCGUCGGCCAGUGUUCCGCAAUUAAAUUCGAGGCUGGUCAGGAAUGUACGUUUUAUCGGGGCGGUGGCUUUACCAUAGGGGAUCCUAGUACAACAACAUACAAGUGGUACGACCAGGACUGCUUCUGCGAUCUUGACAAACCCGGGGACGAUGAAGACGUUUGCGUCGAUGAGUUACCCAAGACCACUGUGUGCGCUGUCCAAGGUCGACCCAAAAACAUCUGCCUCGAGGAUAUUACUCCUUUCGCACCCUCUUCGACAAAGUCUCUAGAGGCCUGUCGAGAUCUCUGCAAGAACAACGACUGCAACUCAAUCGCAUUUAAAAAGGAUGAAUGGUGCAGUAUUUUCAAGGGUCAAGUCGGAGGAACGAGCGAAGAAAUUGAUGUCCCUGGACUCAAGAUGUGGGAUAUGGCCUGCUUUGACGAGACCGAGACCGGACCCAAUGACCCUGAACCGAGCUGCAUUAACAACAUGUUAAGCCCUUCGCCCAAGAACAGUAACUGUGGUGCAACUGGUCAACCUACCGCAGUUGAUCCCACGUCGUUUCUUAGUCACAGCGUUUCAAGCUCCCUGGAAGCUUGUCACGAUGGCUGUAGUUCUUUGAGUCAGUGCAAAUCGUUUAUUUUCCAGAUUAACACCGGAUGUAUCUGCCUCUCUGCCAGCACCGUCCAGGUUGAUGGUACAGAUACAGAGUGGAAGGUUUACGACUUGUCUUGCUUCUGUGAAGGGACCACGUAA